AUGUCGCUUGUCCCGUACGCCGGUGGAUCAGGGAGCCCGCUGCCGACAUUCGUCCCCGUGCUCACUAGUGAUAACUACACCACAUGGGCGAUCAAGGUGGAGGCCAACCUAGACAUGGUCGUGCUGUGGGAGAUGGUCGUUUCGACGGAGGACGCGGCGCUGGCAGUCGUCGCGAAGAAGGACAAGCCGGCACAAGCCUACCUGCUCGGGGCGCUCUCUGAGAAACUGCUCAUGCAGGUGUCGGCAAAGAAGACGGCCGUGGAGGUCUGGGCCAGCCUGAAGACCCGCUUCGUCGGAGCUGAUCAAGUCCAGGCGGCACGGCUAGCCACCCUCCCCGACGAAUUCGAGCAUCUGCGCAUAGCGGAAGGCGAGUCGCUGGAUGCAUUCGCCGGCAAGAUUGGUGGCAUGGCGGCUCGGUACGCGGGGCUCGGGACGAUGCUCGGUGACGCCGAGAUGGUGAAGAAGCUGCUGGACUCGGUGUUGGACCGGCUGUACGCGGCAGUCACCGGCAUCGAGCAGUUCUGCAACGUCGACAAGGUGCCAUUCGAGGAGGUGCUCAGGGGGCUAAAGGCGUUCAAGGAGCGGACGAAGCGGCGCGGAUGCGGCAACGACCAGCUCAUGCUCACGGUGGCUCAAUGGGCAGCAAGGUGGCGUCAACAUGGCGGCGGGUUCGACCACGACAACGACGGCGGCGGCAGCAUGGUGUCGGGCGGCGCAGGGAAACGGCAAGGCCGCAGACGCUACUACAACUGCGGCGAGCGCGAACACUUUUGGUGGGAGUGCCCGAAGCGACAAAAGGCGCAGGCGCCGGAGCAAGCUCUUCUCGCCGACAUUGACGACGUCGGGCCGAUACUCCUCUAG